AUGGGAAAGUUGAUCCGGUUGGAACUUUUCAAUUUUAAGUCCUACAAGGGCCAUCAUACUCUGCUGUUUGGCGAUGCCUACUUCACGUCCAUUAUCGGCCCAAAUGGCUCGGGAAAAUCAAACUCAAUGGACGCGAUCUCGUUCGUCCUCGGUAUUAAGUCGUCCCAUCUUCGCUCCACGCAUCUCCGCGAUCUUGUCUACCGUGGACGCGUCUUGCGCCAUUCCAAAAUCAACGAUGACGGCUCGGCAUCAAAAAAUGCGCCAGAGGCAGAAGCCAACGAAACACAACAGGAAGAUGUGAUGGAGGAGCCUGCGGAGAGAAAUGACCCGAAAACGGCAUGGGUAAUGGCUGUUUAUGAAGACGAUGCUGGCGAAGAACAUUUAUGGAAACGCUCAAUUACCAGUCAAGGAGUGAGCGAAUACCGUAUCAACAAUCGUAUUGUAACUGCGCAACAAUAUAACGAUGGCCUAGAGGCUGAAAACAUCCUCAUCAAGGCCCGUAACUUCCUUGUUUUUCAGGGCGACGUUGAGUCUAUCGCAUCCCAAUCUCCAAAGGACUUGACUCGUUUAAUAGAGCAGAUUUCGGGUAGCUUGGAGUACAAAGCAGAAUACGAGCGUUUAAAACAAGAACAAGACGAAUCGUCGGAAAAUUUGAAUUAUCAGCUGAACCGACGUCGAGGUAUAAACUCCGAAAUCAAGCAGUAUCAAGAGCAAAAAAGAGAGGCGGACAGCUAUGCAAGGAAAGCCGAAGAACGUGAUGAAGCUAUCGUAACACAUAUAUUGUGGAAACUGUUCCAUUUUCAGCGCUUAAUCCAAGAAUCAAGCGACGAGAUACAAAAGCACCAGGACGAGUUAAAGGAGUUUAGACGCGGUGUAGAAAGAUAUGAACGCAAGUUGGAAGAUGCCAAAAAAAGUCACGCCCAGGUUGGAAGAGACGUAUCGAAAGUUGAAAAGUCCAUUAAAACUAAGGAGAGGGAGAUUGAAGACACUGCUAACUCACUGGUACCUUUGGAUGAAAAGAUUGAGAUCACAACGAAGAAGAUUGCGCGAUACAGCUCUCGAAUUGCGGAAAUUGGGAAGGAGUCCGAGUCCCAGUCAAAAACUGCGAAGCAAUUAGAGAAAGAUUUAAAAAUUGUGGAAAAGGCUCAGGCCCAAUGGGAAAAGGAAUUCCAGCAGGCUGCAAGCGUUAAAGGUGUAAAGCUAAACGACAACGAUCUCCAGGAAUAUAACAAGCUCAAAGAAGAGGUCAAUAAGCGCUCUUCGGCUGCCCAACUUAAACUUGAUAACAUGAAACGACAGCGGAAAACAGACGCCGAGACAGUUAACAGUUUAAAAAGUAACUACGAGAGCUCCGAGUGGCAAGUUAAGAACUUACAAUCAGAUAUAAACAAUAUUCUUGAACGGAAAAAAGGCAUGCUCGAGACUAUUGAGCUCACUAGCAAGGAGAUUGAUCAAAAGAAAAAAGAAUUAAAUGGUUUGACAUCUGAGCGCCUUAGGGUAGCACAAAUGCGAACAGAACUUGAAGAAAAAUUGCAAGUGACACUGAAGAAACUGUUGGAAGCUGAUGAUGGUCGCCAGCAAAGUGAAAAGGAACUGCGCACCAAGGAAUUGAUCUCAACCUUGAAGCGGAUAUUCCCUGGCGUCAAAGGACGUAUUAGUGAGUUAUGCCAACCAAAGCAAAAGAAAUAUGCCGAGGCCGUAAGCACUGUGCUUGGACGUCAUUUCGAUGCUAUUGUGGUUGAUAACGAAAAGACAGCCAAGGAAUGUAUCCAACACCUUCGCGAUCAGAGAGCAGGACAAGCGACUUUUAUCCCACUGGAGACUAUUCAAGUCAAGGCUCUUAAUUCUAACCUCAAGGGCAUGCAUCGUGCAAUGCGUCCUGCAAUCGAAACCGUCGAUUAUGACAACUCUGUUUCAAGAGCCAUAAUUUACGCCUGCGGCAAUGCUAUCGUGUGCGAUGAUUUAAAUACUGCAAAGUAUCUAUGUUAUGAAAAAGGUAUUGACGCCAAGGCCGUAACAUUAGACGGCACAGUUAUCCAUAAGGGUGGUUUAAUGACUGGUGGCCGUGGGCCAUCGCAGAAACAUUCAAAACGUUGGGAGGACACUGAGGUCGCCAAUCUGCACAAGUUGAAGGACAAACUCAUGAACGACCUAAAUAAUCUCCCCAAGUCACAUCGAAAAGGUUCUGAGGAAGAGGCACUUCAAGGUCAGCUUGCAGGUUUAGAGCAACGCCUCGCCUAUGCCCAUGAGGAACUUAAAGCACUUGAAAGGAAUUUGGAAAGCAAGUCAAGCGAAUUCGAGCACUGCCAGCGCCAAGCCAAGAGCGUGUUGCCUAAGUAUCGUGAGAAAUUGAGUUCGCUUGAGGAACUAGAUAGCUCUCUGGAAGAACUUCAACAAACCGUUAGUGGUGUUGAAGAUGAAGUUUAUCGAAAAUUUUGUCAUCGGCUGGGCUAUCAAAAUAUUCGUGAAUACGAACUACAGCAAGGUACCCUUCAACAAGAAGCGGCUGAAAAGAAACUUGAGUUUGCAACACAGCGCAGCAAAAUUGAGAAUCAGCUGAGUUUUGAGAAACAACGUCUCCAAGCGACCAAUGACCGGAUAGGUGGUCUCCAGACACAGGAGAAACGUGAUCAGGAUAUGAUCACCGAACUUUCUGGAGAGAGAAAGACAAUAAAAAAUCGCCUUGAUGAGCUUAAUGCUGAGCUCGAUCUCUUACAGGAAAAGCUAGAAGAGCAGAAAAGCCUCUAUACCCAAUCUGGUGAGCACCUCAAUGAGCAACGGCGGGAGGCAGCGAAACGAAACAGGAGUGUUGAAGCAACUGUCAAGACAAUCAGUGCCUCUGAAAGUGACAUGCAACGCCACUCGUCCUCUAGAUAUGCGUUGCUCCGACGCUGCAAGUUAGAAGAUAUCGGUCUUCCUCUCGAAAAAGAUUCCAAUCCCCUCGACCAACUACCAAUCGAUGACCUUGUUCAGGCUGCUGAUCCUGAUGCGAUGGAGAUUGAUGAAGAUAUUAAUUUGGGUACAAUACAGCCAAUGGCUGUGCAGGACUACGGAAUUGAGGUAGACUUUAGCAGCCUAGGUGAGACGCUUAAGGAGGAGUCGGAUGAAAAAUUGGACGAUGAGCUCCAAGAUCGAAUCCGCUCCCUUAACAGUGAACUCGAUAAAAUGGCGCCAAACAUGCGUGCUAUGGAGCGCCUUGAAGGCACAGAGACCAAACUCCGUAGUAUCGAAAAGGAUUUCGACGAAGCCCGUAAACGCGCUCGCCGUGCAAAGGAUGAUUUUGAAAACGUAAUGCAAAAACGCUCAGAGCUCUUCAACAAGGCAUUUUCACAUAUAUCUGAGCAAAUUGAACCCAUUUACAGAGACCUUACAAAGACCGAGAGUUAUCCAAUGGGCGGGAAAGCAUAUCUCGACAUUGAAGACUCUGAGGAGCCAUAUCUUGAUGGCAUUAAAUACCACGCCAUGCCACCACUCAAACGUUUCCGAGAUAUGGAACACCUCUCUGGUGGAGAGAAAACUAUGGCCGCUCUUGCUCUCCUAUUCGCCAUCCACUCAUACCAGCCAUCUCCGUUCUUCGUCCUAGAUGAAGUCGACGCUGCUUUAGACAAUACCAAUGUUGCUCGUAUUGCGAAUUAUAUUCGCGAUCAUGCAGCGCCAGGGAUGCAGUUUAUUGUCAUCAGUCUGAAGACAGGGCUCUUCCAGAACAGUGAGGCUUUGGUUGGGAUCUACAGAGAUCAGAGUGCGAACAGUAGUAAGACGUUGACAUUAGAUCUCCGAAAGUAUCGCUAA